GAACCCUUGUUUCCUCCACAGCCCACCUCACGCGCUGAGAACCCAGCCACUUCUGCUCCAACGAAUGCAUAAAGCAGAGCCCUGUUCUGCUCGUUACAUCACACAAGCACGUGAACACACAUUGCCCAGAAACACCCGAUCCUUCUGCUUCUCUCUUCCGCCGAGUAGUCCUCUCAAAAACUUCGAGGUCCUCUCCCUCUUCACUCGUUCCGUCGAGAAAUUAUCUCGCUCCCUCUUUUCCAAGCCGCGCGAGGCAUGGCAUCGUGGUGGAACCAGCUGGCGAUUCUCGGAAUUUGCGCGCUGAUCGCGGUGCUCGUCGCGCCGGCGGCGGCGAAGCGGCCCAGCAAGGAGGAGGUGAUCGCAGAGGUGAAGAGCGCGCGCGACGCACUCAAGAACCCCGCGAUUUCCAGCAAAUACCGAAUAACCACCACCUUCCUCGACCACUUCAUCCCGAAAUUGGAGAGCGACUGGAAUCCGACGGACGAGACGCUCGGCAAGCUGGACCGCAAGGCCAUGCUCUUCCCCGCGGACGACGCGCUGCUCACCUCCGACUCCGCCGGCGCGGGCGUGAGCAUGAUGCUGAACCCGAACGCGGACCUGGAGGACGCCAAAGGGUACUGGAACUGGCUGCGCGCCAACAUGGUGGACGGGCUCUACUCGGAGCAGGAGAUGAGCGACGCGCGUGAGCUCAAGGACGUCAAUGGCCGCAAGAUGAGCAAGAGUGAGGACGCCGCCGCCGCCGCGUCGGCGAAUCUGAGGGGGGGGAGGAAGAUGCGGUUCGGGAAGGCCAACGCGCAGAUUAACGACCCUGAGAUUUUCAAAGGGACGUUUCUGAUCGUUCAUGGUGUGGACGCUCUGCAGUCGCCGUACUGACCCGCCUGCCGGAUCAAAGCGUUUGUGCGAAAAGAAGCUCGUCUGGCUGAUCAGCUUCGUAGGCCCUACGACUAUUGGAGAAAAUCUCGCGAAUCCCGUUCCGCAGCGAAAAUUGGAAUAUAAUCGGACGCGCGAGACGGGAUUCGUGAGAUUCGCGAGAUUCUCUCCAUCUAUUGUGUGUUUCCUUGGCGCUCUCAUGUGUCUAGAUUACGCGUUCCUGGGUAGAGCUAUCUGGGUGGAGCAACGCAUUAGUGUGAUGGUGCUUGGCUGGAGGCUCCGGCUAGGAUGGGGUUUACGGAGGGGGGGGUAGUAGAUUGGAGAAAUGCAGCGGAGGGUGAAAGGCUUUGUUCGG